AUGCUGUCCACUUCGGUUCCCAACAACUGCACCUUCUCGCCUGCCUCGGCCACUCCCCAUCUGACAAUCAACCAUGAUGUGGCCGCCGACCUCGACUCGACCAACGCUUUCGAAGGUCCCGAGAAGCUUCUCGAGGUUUGGUUCGCUCCCAGCCCCUCGACUCUGCCUCCUACCGCCGCCGCCAAUGGAUUAAAGGCUGUUCCUGCUGAUACUUGGGUUCCCAUGCUUGACAUGGUCAACUGCAAGGUCCUGUCUGUUCUUGAGUCUGACAACAUGGACGCUUACCUUCUCUCCGAGUCGAGCAUGUUUGUCUUUCCUCACAAGAUCAUUCUCAAGACUUGUGGAACCACCACUCUUCUCCUUGGUCUCCAGCGCAUGCUUCACAUUGCUGCCAAGUACGGUUUCCCUUAUCACAAUGCCAACUCGCCCGACGAUAUCCAGGCCGCAGCGACCCCGUACCGCGUUUUCUACAGUCGCAAGAACUUUUUGUUCCCUGAGAAGCAGCAGGGUCCUCACCGCAGCUGGAAGCAGGAGGUCAAGUAUCUUGACGACAUGUUUGAUGGUGGCAGUGCCUAUAUGGUAGGCAAGAUGAAUGGUGACCAUUGGUACCUAUACCUCACCUCGCCCAAUCAGCAGGCUCUCACUCCUCCUCGCACCCCCGAGUCCGAGAUUGAAGGAACCAAGAUUCCAGUUGGAACCUCGUUCGCUCCCAUCCCCGGUAGCUACCACGACGAGACUCUGGAAAUCCUCAUGACCGACCUUGACCAGGAGAAUGCCAAGCAGUUUUAUCUGUCGCACGCGAGUGCGGUCGCAAGCGACAAGAUGGCUGCCGAGGCAAAGGAUGCUCGCAAGGAAGCCAUCAAUAGUCUUGGUGGUCUUGGCGACGAUGUUGAUGAAGUGGACGUCUUCGCGAAUGACGCCGACGACAACAUGCUCGAUUCUGUCGAGGCCCUCACCACCGAGGGCCACGCAUUGGGAACUGUCGUUUCGGAGAGUUGCGGCCUCUCCAGCGUCUACCCAACAUCUAAGUAUCCCGAUGCCCGAGUAGACGCGUACUUGUUCAGCCCCUGCGGCUUUUCCGCCAACGGUGUUGUUCCUCCCCCUGCUUCGGCCGAGGGAGGCAAGGGCGAGCACUACUUCACCGUCCACGUCACUCCUGAACCGCAGUGUUCGUUCGCGUCUUUCGAGACCAACGUUCCCGGUGGACAGAGUGGACGAACCACCACCGAAGUCAUUGAGCACGUGGUGGACAUCUUUAAGCCCGGUCGGUUCAGCGUGACUCUCUUCGAAGCCAAGGGAGCUGCGCAGAACCCAUACUGCAUGGGCGAUGACGAGCCUACCAACUGGGCUGCCAAACGUCUUGUUGAUCCCGUCCGAGGAUAUCGUAGAGUCGAUCGUAUCGUUCACGAUUUCGAGGACUAUGAUCUUGUCUUUCGUUUCUACGAGCGCGAGGGGUGGGCUGGAUCCAAGAGUGCUCGAGUUGGAGAGCCUAUCAGCCCUACUUUCAAGUGA